CUCCUUCGGAGUUGAGGCUCCUCACAGCUCCCCCUCCUCCUCAGAGUGGAUCCUCCUCAGUUCUUCCUCUGAGCUCCUUUGCCUCCUAUCCUCGUGGGGCUCCGGACACCUCUUGUCUCCUCUGCUGGGCUUCAGAACGCAUCGCAUCGGCGUCGGUGGCUGGCGUGAGGACAGAGAGGUGUUCCUAGAGGAACCCAGAGAGCAGCAGGGCAGUCAUGAGGGCUGAACUGUGGUCCGUGGCCAUAUUCAUGGCCGUCUUCCUGCUUUUGGUAGACCUGAUACAUCGGCGCCGGCGCCGGACUGCCCGCUACCCACCAGGCCCUGCGCCGUGGCCUGUGCUGGGCAACCUGCUGCAGAUGGACUUCCAGAACAUGCCAGCAGGCUUCCACAAGCUGCGAUGUCGCUUUGGGGACCUGUUCAGCCUCCAGCUGGCCUAUGAGCCAGUGGUUGUACUAAAUGGGUUGACGGCCCUGCGUGAGGCCCUGGUGAGAUUCAGCGAGGACACUGCUGACCGGCCACCGCUACAUUUCAAUGACCAGUUGGGCUUUGGACCACGCUCUCAAGGUGUGGUCCUAGCACAGUACGGACCUGCCUGGCGUCAGCAGCGGCGCUUCUCUGUGUCCACCCUGCGUCACUUCGGCCUGGGCAAGAAGUCGCUGGAGCAGUGGGUGACGGAGGAGGCCAGAUGCCUCGGUGACGUCUUCGAUCGCUAUACUGGAUGCCCUUUCAGCCCGAACACGCUGCUGGACAAGGCAGUGUGUAAUGUGAUUGCCUCCCUCCUUUAUGCCUGCCGCUUCGAGUACGAUGACCUGCGCUUUAUCAGGCUGCUGGACUUGCUGAAGGCCACUCUCAAGGAGGAAUCCGGGUUCCUGCCCAUGUUCCUGAGUGUGUUCCCGGCGCUCCUGCACAUCCCAGGGCUGCUUGGCAAGGUCUUCCCUGGACAAAAGGCCUUCGUUGCCAUGCUGGAUGAGCUGCUAAGUGAGCACAAGACAACCUGGGACCCUGCCCAGCCACCCCGGGACCUGACUGAUGCCUUCCUGGCUGAGGUGGAGAAGGCCAAGGGGAAUCCUGAGAGCAGCUUCAAUGAUGGGAACCUACGCAUGGUGGUGGCCGACCUGUUCACGGCGGGAAUGGUGACCACGUCAACCACACUGUCCUGGGCCCUGCUGCUCAUGAUCCUGCACCCGGAUGUGCAGCGCCGUGUCCAGCAGGAGAUCGAUGAAGUCAUCGGGCAGGCGCGGCGUCCAGAGAUGGCUGACCAGGCCCGAAUGCCCUACACCAAUGCUGUGGUCCAUGAGGUGCAGCGCUUUGGGGAUGUCCUCCCACUUGGUGUGCCUCACAAGACGUCUCGAGACAUUGAAGUGCUGGGCUUCCUUAUCCCCAAGGGGACCACCCUCAUCACCAACUUGUCCUCCGUGCUGAAGGACGAGACUGUCUGGGAGAAGCCCCUCCAAUUCCAUCCUGAACACUUCCUGGAUGCCCAGGGCCACUUUGUGAAGCAUGAGGCCUUCAUGCCAUUCUCAGCAGGCCGAAGAGCAUGCCUGGGGGAGCCCCUGGCCCGCAUGGAGCUCUUCCUGUUCUUCACCUGCCUCCUGCAGCGCUUUAGCUUCUCGGUGCCCGAGGGACAGCCCCGGCCCAGCGACCACGGCGUCUUUGGUGCUCUGACAUCCCCGUCCCCCUACCAGCUCUGUGUUUUGCCCCGCUAAGAGGAGGUAUAACUUGCUCGCUGUCCUGCUGGGUUCCCAUUGUGCAGCAAAUCAUUUCACUGUAAAUUAAACCAUCCCCAUCAGAUCUCCAGGCUGUACUGGGACCUCAGGAGACCCCCUGUGGACAUCCACACACCCCUAUUUAUUCUCACCUGACCCUUGACCCCAGUAGAAGGACUGGUCUGUUGGACCUCAGAAAUGACAGCCAUUCUUGCCUUUAAUCCUGCCCCCACUUUUCACCCAAGCUGAUAACGUUUGUCCAUAGAUGCCAAUCUCUGGAACGAGGGCCAGAAAGGACUGCUGAGAUGUGAUGGUAGAAGUUACGCAGAUGAGGGAAGGGCAGGGCUCCUCCUAGAAGCCCCCGUUCCAGACCCACUUCCGCCAGCCACACAGCUGAGGCUAACUGCUCAGCCAGCGUCAUCACAUCUAUUGCCCAACUUCUUAUAUGAUAUUCCAGAGAUGUAGAGGAGCAGGGAGGCUGAAAAUGGGAGGCCGAUUAAAUGACCAAGGUUAGCCAUUGGGUACCCCAUGCUUCCCUAAAAGACUUUAUGGGAGUCCAGAAGGGAUUACCUUCCAAGCAUCUUUCACCACUAAUUAUGUGACCCAUCAGAGAUACUGGUGUCCAGGCCCCUGCACAGGGAGAAUGUGCUUCUGUGACCAGGCUUGGUAAGACCUGAAAGCUUGGUGUUGAGACGGGCCUCCAGACCAUAGGAGGUCCCAGACCUCAGUGUAACCGACCUCCAUGGUGGAAAUAACACCCUGGCAAUAAAGUCAGCACAUGGACAGCAGCCCCUGCCAUAACGGAAACAUCAAAGUCCAUAGGGAAAGUCUCUAAAUGUGCUGACGUUGCUUUUUGUCUCCUGCAGUUCUGCUUCUGGCUAACUGUUCUUGCUAACUGAAGUAUGCCAACCCAGGAUAUGGUUGUUGUAUGUAAAAUUUCACCCCAGUGUGUCACCAGCCAGCCAAUAAAGACCUUCUCUUGGCUUAAGCCCA